GGGCGGUGCUAGCGCCAUGUCGGGCUUCAGCCCGGAGCUGAUCGAGUACCUGGAGGGGAAGAUCUCCUUCGAGGAGUUCGAGCGGCGGCGAGAGGAACGCAAGAGCCGCGAGAAGGCCAGAGCAGUGAGCAGAAGCAGGUUUUGAUCUAAAAUCAGUCCCACGUAUGCUACUGCUGCUCCCUUGCCAUCUUGUGUGCGGGAUCUAAGGAAGAGAUCCAGUUCAGCUGUCUGGUAAUCACUGUGGCUUCUUGGCGGCAAUAAAUACAGGGAGACACGGCUUUGUGUCCAAAAGAUGGUGAAAAUGCUGAGGAAGCCACUGAAGAUGUAGAGGCUCCGUCUUCAUCCAGAAAAGCAUCCGGGAAAUCCCAAAGUCAGGAUGAAACCGAUGGAGAAACUUCAGAUGGCGUCAGUAAAUCUGUUCAUCGGGUCUUUGCAUCCAUGCUUGGGGAAAAUGAUGAUGAGGACGAGGAUGAAGAGGAAGAGGAAGAAGAGGAAGAAGAAACCACUGAGCAACCCACAGCUGGAGAUGUUUUUGUAUUGGAGAUGGUACUUAAUCGAGAGACCAAGAAAAUGAUGAAAGAGAAAAGACCUCGCAGCAAGCUUCCUCGUGCUUUGAGAGGUCUGAUGGGAGAGGCCAAUAUCAGGUUUGCUCGAGGAGAGCGUGAGGAGGCUAUUCUAAUGUGCAUGGAAAUCAUUCGACAAGCUCCUCUUGCUCAUGAGCCGUUUUCCACUCUUGCCAUGAUCUAUGAAGACCAGGGUGAUAUGGAGAAGUCAUUACAGUUUGAACUGAUUGCAGCUCACUUAAAUCCAAGUGAUACUGAGGAAUGGGUUAGACUAGCAGAAAUGUCACUGGAACAGGACAAUAUCAAACAGGCUGUUUUUUGCUACACAAAAGCUCUGAAAUACGAUGCAACCAAUGUGCGGUACCUGUGGGAGAGGUCGAGCCUGUAUGAGCAGCUGGGGGAACAUAAGUUGGCCAUGGAUGGCUACAGGCGUAUUUUGAACCUCCUGUCUCCCUCCGAUGGAGAGCGCUUUAUGCAGUUGGCCAGAGACAUGGCAAAGAGUUAUUAUGAAGCAAAUGAUGUAACCUCUGCUAUUGAGAUAAUAGAAGAAGCCUUUGCUAAACACCAGAGCCUUGUCUCCAUGGAAGAUGUUAACAUCGCAGCUGAACUGUGUAUUUCUUCCAAACAGUAUGACAAAGCAUUGGCGGUUAUUACAGAUUUUGCAGGAAUUGUACUUGAAAAGAAAGUAUCGGAAAAAAGUCCGACAGAGGAGAGAAAAGAAGAUGCAGGGGCAGUGGGAGAAACUCAGGAAAACCAGGAGGCAGUGGCUGACGACCAGAGUCAUCCAGUUGCAGAAUCCAGUGCUGCAGCUGUGGAGAAGGUCAGCUGCUGCAUCCCUGAGGGCGUCCCCAUAGACAUCACAGUCAAGCUGAUGGUGUGCUUGGUUCACUUGAACAUCCUAGAGCCACUCAAUCCUCUUCUGACCACUCUGGUGGAACAAAAUCCAGAAGAAAUGGGUGACUUGUAUUUGGACGUCGCAGAGGCGUUUCUGGAUGUUGGGGAAUACAACUCGGCACUGCCUCUCUUGAGUUCCCUUGUCUGUUCGGAACGGUACAACUUGGCUGUUGUCUGGCUUCGGCACGCAGAGUGCUUGAAGGCCUUGGGACACAUGGAGCGUGCCGCAGAGAGCUAUGCCAAAGUUGUUGAUCUAGCUCCGUUGCAUCUGGAUGCGAGAAUCUCACUUUCAACACUUCAGCAGCAGCUGGGCCGGCCUGAGAAAGCUCUGGAGGCUCUGGAGCCCAUGUAUGAUCCAGACACGCUGGCUCAGGAUGCCAACGCCGCCCAGCAGGAAUUAAAGCUGCUCCUCCAUCGUUCGACGCUGCUGUAUUCCCAAGGCAAAAUGUAUGGUUACAUAGACACGUUACUUACGAUGCUGGCAAUGCUGCUGAAGGUAGCAAUGAGCAGAGCUCAGGUGUGUUUGAUAUCUAGUUCCAAAUCUGGAGAGAGGCACCUCUAUCUUAUUAAGGUGUCAAGGGAUAAAAUUUCUGACAAUGACGACCAAGAGACAGCAAAUUGCGAUGCGAAAGCAAUUUUUGCUGUUCUCACAAGUGUCCUGACAAAAGAUGACUGGUGGAACCUCCUCCUGAAAGCUAUAUAUUCCUUGUGUGACCUCUCCCGGUACAAGGAGGCAGAGCUACUAGUGGAUUCCUCGUUGGAAUAUUACUCAUUUUACGAUGACAGACAAAAGCGCAAGGAGCUGGAAUACUUUGGGCUCUCUGCUGCGAUUCUGGACAAGAACUUCAGAAAAGCGUACAACUAUAUCAGAAUCAUGGUAAUGGAAAAUGUCAAUAAACCUCAGCUAUGGAACAUCUUCAAUCAAGUCACUAUGCAAUCUCAGGAUGUCCGUCACCAUCGCUUUUGUCUCCGCUUGAUGCUGAAAAAUCCCGAUAAUCACGCCCUGUGUGUCCUAAACGGGCAUAACGCGUUUGUAUCUGGCAGUUUCAAACAUGCUCUUGGACAGUAUGUGCAAGCCUUUCGUGCAAACCCAGAUGAACCUCUGUACAGCCUUUGUAUUGGCUUGACGUUCAUCCACAUGGCUUCUCAGAAAUACGUGUUGAAGAGGCACGCUCUUCUCGUGCAGGGAUUCUCCUUCCUUCACCGGUACUUGGACCUGCGUGGACCCUGUCAAGAGUCUUUCUACAACCUUGGCCGUGGCCUUCACCAGCUGGGAUUGCUGCACCUGGCCAUCCAUUACUACCAAAAAGCACUUGAACUUCCUCCUCUCACCUUAGAGGGAAUAGAAACCGAUCAGACAGACUUGAGAAGAGAUACUGCCUUUAACUUGUCGCUUAUUUAUCAGAGCAGUGGAAAUACCAGAAUGGCUCAAAAGAUGCUUUAUACCUAUGCGGUCGUGUGAUGAGGUUUGUGGCAGGUGGGAUCGAUACUCUGUGUAUUAACCUUAGCAUUAUGCGAUGCUGGGGAAGCUUUUUUCUAGGUAGAGCUUUCCCCGAGGGCGGUCAGAGACAUGGCUGAUGCUGUAUGCAGCUUUAUGGACUGUUUCUGGCUCUGCCACUGGGCCGUAUCGCAUACGGAUGGAAACUGCGCCGCGCUGACGUGCUCAAGCGUGGCUGUUAGUAGCGCCUCUCCUCUGAUGCCUUGCUCUCUGAUCGGACCUUCAGGCUGGCACAUAGAAUCCACCAGUGAAAACAGAAGCCGUAUUCACUGGUGAUGGGGGUUUUGUCAUGUGCAGCAUUAAAUUACUACAAUGUAGAAGAAAUAGGCACAUACUGAUCCCUAGAGGAGGGAGAACUUGGUGUUUUGAGAUAUUUAAAGUGUUCAGAAUUUUCUAGGAGUUUGUAUUCCUAGCAGCUGGUCUGUUUGAAGGAGAUUGAUUCCUGUUUUACUGAAAUCAAUGUGACCUUUGUUCUUCUGGACUUGUUAAUAAAAAUUCUGAGGUUAA